UCGCACACCGCAGGUAUCCACCCACUCGUCUUUGUGUUGCGUGCCGCGCCAAACCCCCGCAACUCUUUCCCCGAUCCGGCGGCGACCACGACCUCCUCGCCGGCCCCAGCGCCACCGCCGCGCCAUGGACCCGGAGGCGGUGCGGAGGACCCUCGAGCCCACCGCUUCCGCCGCGGACAUCUCGGGCUCCACCCCUUACGACUCCUUCGUCAUCAGCGGCGUCCGCCUCGAGGCCGCCGAGCACGGCCGCGUCCUCUGCUCCUUCGUCGUCACCCCCCGUAUCGCCAGUCCCCAAGGGUACCUUCUCAGCGGCGUCACGGCAACGCUCGCCGACCAGUUGGGCUCGGCCGUGUUCUUCUCCAGCGGGGUGGGCACGAGCGGGGUCUCCCUCGAGAUCAGCGUGUCCUACGUCGACACCGCCGCCGUCGGGGAAGAAAUAGAGGUUGAGGCGAAGCUAUUGCGUGCUGGAAAAUCAGUGGGUGUUGUCUCUGUUGAUUUCAGGAAGAAAAGGAGCGGCAAAUUGAUGGCUCAGGCGCGUCAUACAAAGUACCUUGCUGUAUCUAGCAGAUUGUGAGGAUUCCCUUCAGUUGUAAGAUAAAAACAUGGUUUUGUCGAGCUCUUCGCUGCCCUUUAUCAAUAGACAACAUCAGCACAACGUAGUGCUACAUUGUUUAAGAAAGGCUGGCUAUAUCUAUCUGAAAUUCUGCAACACAUAUUGCUCUGCUCAUUUCAUUUUCGCCUUUCAACCUUUGUCAGAUACUAAUAUCUUCGAAAGAGUACAGUGCCUGUUUGGACUUUGGAAGGCAGGAACUGCACAGAAAAUGGCGUAAGUCCUCUGAAUUUCAUGCCAAAUUCCAGCCAGCAUUCCAAACAAGGCCCUAAGAAAGACGGGGCAGCUGGAAAGUAUAACACCUGUAAAAUCCUAUUGUAUUGAUGCUUAAUCUUCAACUGAUGGAUUACUGUAGUCUGCCCUCAUCUUGAGGGAGACAGAUUUCCCCC